AUGAGUUCUUCAUCAAGCUCUCGUGAACCUUCACCAUCUAUGAAACAAACUUUACCAAACGAUUAUGGAGCACCUAUUGAAUAUUUCUUACGAGCUGCACAAUGGCAAAGAGCAGUCUCACCAAGGUUAGGUGUUCCACCAGCUCCUGUCAAAAAUAGCAUUUGGUCAAGUCCUUAUAUAAGAUAUGGUCUCCCACUAGGUUUGCUAGCUACAGCAGGAGCAGUUAUGAUGUUGAAAAGAAAUAAAGCAAAUGUUGUAAAUAAUACUGAAGUAGCUGAAGUUAAACAAACUCCAACACCUUCGCCAAAACCAACGCCUUCACAAGCAAAACCUUCAAUGACUCC